AUGUUUUCUCUGUAUCAACGACCUUUCUUCGUACAGCAACAACCUCAACAACAAUCGCUGCAAUGCGGUGCAACGACCUUCACAAAAUUGUCGUUCGAUCCUCCAACCAAAUCGAGUCUAUUACCUUCCGGUCGAUUGACCUACGUUCCAUUAGAACAACUCGUUGGCGGUGAUAUCUGUCGCGUUUUGAGCACCUCAAAGCCACAUUCUUUUUAUUCCUUUAGCAGCUAUCAGCAAAUAAUAACCAUGUGUGGGAAUUGUACGAGUUGUGAGAGCGAGUUGAGUUCAAUUUAUUCGUAUUUGCAACGAUUAAUUGGUGAUUUAAAAGUGACGCUGUUGAUACUGAUAAGAGGCAUUAAUCACAAUAGCAAUAACAGUAACAAUAGCCAUAAACUAGCCCUAUCAUCGGUCGACAACGAUCCGUCACAAUCGCAACAACAAAAGAUCAGAUUCGCAUUCAUCGAUGACGAGAUAACGCCGAUCGCCUUCGACGACUGUCAUAUUAUUGAUACGAGUGAUAGUGACGCACUCAGAAGUUUCUCAAAGACGUCAGUUUUAUUCGUUUCCAUUUCGUUCAUCAUACUUAUGGUCAUCUCGCUUGCGUGGCUCGUCUUCUACUACGUUCAGAGGUUCCUUAUAUUUUUCUCUUUUAUGCCGUUCUCUUAA